AUGAGAAAAGGGCCCAAUCACUCGAAAGAGCGAGGAAAGAGCACCAUCUUGAAGUCAAUACGCGAUGAGGCGCUGAAGAAGACAGAAGGAAAGGACUCGGAUGCAGACGAUAAGACCAUUGUAGAUUCAUACAUGCACGGGCUGAGCGAAGACAGAGCUCGAACUCUUGUGUUCCAAGCACAGCAGCAGAUGGACAUCUUGGUAGAUGUGAAGUCGCGGGUGGACAUGGCGAUCGCAAACUCGACGGAUCUCAUGGAUGAUGGGCACGAGGAGGCGACGAGGAUGGAGAAGGAUUGGAUGGCAGACAGCAGGAGGCUUCUGAACAGCUCGAUCUUCUCCUACUUCGAGUCAUGCGAAGAGCGAGAGGAGCAGUUAGCCGAGUUCUGCGAGUGGUUUGAAACUUACGAGAAUGUCUGGCCUCUGCCAAUGGUAACAUCCAAGUCUCAGUACCACGAGCUGUUGAACGCCCCUCACCCCGCGCCAGUGUCAGAGGACAGCGAGAUCAGCCAGUUGUUCCCCAAGGUUGUGAAGAUGCGAGAAGAUCUCACGGCCAUCAUGUCGGUCUUGUCCAAGAUGGGCCAGCAGGCUCUCAACACAGACAUGCAUGGUCGACUGAACCAGGUCUACGAGAACCUGCACGCGUGCGAAGCUACCAUCAAUCAACAGAAAGAGCAUCUCAAUGCCAAGGAAGGGAUGAUCCAAGAGCUGAAGCAGGAGGUGGUCUCAAACCGUCAGAACUACAGCAAGAAGAUGGAGGAGCUCUCAGAAGAAGUAGUCGCGCUUCAGAAGGGCCUCAAGGAGAAGGAAUCUCAAAUUCAGCACAUAGCAGAGAAAGAAAGGGAAGCUCACUUGGUCGUCUUAAAGCAGCUGGCAGAGGAGCGAGAGAAAGAACGGAGAGCUCUGUCGGACCAGGUGAAUGCGCUGCAAGCCGUCGUUGACGGGUUUCAAACCAAAGAAGAGGAUCACAAGGCAGAGCUAGUAGCGCUGCGAUCUCAACAAGAAGAGACGACGAGGCGGCUGGGAAAGGUUGUGCACGAGAUCCACGCGAUCGAAGGCGACAUGACGGAAGCGACGAAGAGGCUCACGGAAGACCUGGCAGAGCUGCUCUCCAUGGCUGAAUCCGAGAAGAAGCUGCACGAUGAGAUCGCGCGGUUGCGAGGGGACGUGACCUCUCUUGAAGGCCAGCUGGAGCAGCGAGAUGCCGAGAUGAAAGAGGUGGAGACAAGGUUGCAGGUUUACCAAGGAGAGGUGAGGGAGAAACAACAAGUGAUAGACGAGCUGGAAGACAAUCACAAGAAACUCUGCGAGGAAUUGAAGGAGAUAGAAGCUGCUUCCUUGCAGGCCUCUGAGAGUAUGGAUCAGAUCGAUGAUCAAACUGAGGAUAUUCAUACAAGACUAGAAAGCUUCCGACUCUAUGUCAGAGGGCUCACAGAUCGUAUUUUCCACAUCGAUGCGCUGACCGAGGAUAUCUCUCACAUCUUCGACUCUGCUCAAGACUGUUUCGAAUCUCAAUCGUCGGAAAUGAAUCGCAUGCGGCUGCGAGUCUUGAGCCUGGAGCAGGAGAAGGAAGAGAUGGAACAUCGUCUCAUGCAGGAACUGGAAGCCAGCAAAGUCUCCAUGCAAGAUGCUUCGACGCAGUCAGAGGCAGAAGCUCAAACAAGCGAAAAUGUACAAAGUAGCGACGACUUGGCAGGAAGACAAGAUGACGAUAAGGCUGAAGGCAGUACUGAGCUACAACAGCUGAUCCAUGACAUGCUGCAUGCUUACGAACAAGACAUGUCUCAGAUGUCAGAUCUGGCGAUAGGAAACCUCGAGGGCUACAGCGAGAGGCUUCAGGCAGUAGAGGGAAAGAUUCAGCUGGCAAUGAAGGCAGCGGGGCUUCGACAGCGAGUGAGGCAGCAGCGCAAGGUACAAGUCGACGAUCAGGAGACUGAGGAGGAGCAAGCAGCUCAGGAGGAGCAGGCAGCUGGACGCAUCCAAGGCAAGAGGGUCGACGCAGCACGUGUGCAGGUGGAGGAAGAGCAGGUGAGAGGAGCUGCUGAGAAGCCGAGCAUGCAACCCCAGCAGCUAUCCCAUCUGAUGUCGCGGUUUGCGGCGCUGAAAGAUGACUUUGACAAGAGCUACCUCGCUCUCUCCGGCGAAACUUCUCCCAGCAAUUCUUCGCUGUCGCUCAAGGAGGACGAGGAUGAAGCGAAGGAUCACCUGAAGCUGCUCGCUGGAGUCCUCGAUAGCCUCCAGCUCUUGUUCACCUCCGCUCCCUCUGCUGAUCUCGCAGCCUCGACCCUCGAGCAGUCGACGGGUCCGAUCGUAGCACAUGAGGACACUGCAGGCCCUGAGAUCGCGAGCACGACCAGUCUGAGCAGCAUGAAACUGUCGUCCACCUUCUCUUCCACAGACCUGAGCAAGACCGCGCAUGUUGCGAGCGAACGCUUGCAGGAGACGAUGACGGAGAGUUGGAACCUGGAGAGCAAGAAGAAGUACGCGGAGUCUCCGAUGCAGAGCAGGCAGGAGAGGCGACAAGACCUGCAUGCCUCCUCCUCCUCCCCGAGCCACCACGAGCGACCGUCCGGGCGAGCAGAGCAAGUCGAGACCUCGUUUGCUGAGUCAAAGGCUUCCAUGGCGAAGACGCAGGAGCGCAAGGAUCGGAGAGUAUCCUUCUCGACCUCGCCGGAGCCUCCCGCCAAGUCUGUCAAGAAGCAGCAGCAGCCUCAGGGUGCGGAGGAAGACUUCCCGUCUGUUCCUUUCUCGUACGAGGUCGACUUGCUCCUGCUGCAUCGCCAGCAGCAGCUGAAGGCUCUCAGUCGCGCGUUUGCAGCAGAGCAUUUCAACUCGUCGCUGAAGCCUGGCAAGGUGCUGAGAUCCCUGGAGUCUGAGCAGGCGGACAAGACCCAGCGCAAGCACGUCAAGGUGUUGGAGCGACCAGGAAAUGCGCGAGCGUCUGCCGCCUCCUUCAUCAACUCAGUGUCAGGCCCCGAUGCUGUCAAGCUCCCCAUCCUGCAAGCGCCGAGCAUCCCGUCCAAGACGAGCCACGUCAGGGAGGAAGAGCUCGUUGGGCUGCUGAGCCUGCGCAGGGACUUGCAGAGAAGAAUCUCCAUGAGAUAGAGACAUCUCAACCUUACUUGUAUCAAACCUCUCACGAGCUUUACUUGUAUCAAACCUCUCACGAGCUUU